UCCCCUCCACCCGCGUCAGGGCGUCUGAACCCCACCACCAGCAGGACGCGGGACUCGGGAGCCGGGAACUCAUCGCCCGGCCCGUGCCUAGUAACACUCCGGCCGUCGUUGGAAGUAGACGUGUGUGUGCAGCGCUCCGAAGCCAGCAAAUCCUGAGUGGUGAAGAGCUCACCGUGCCGCACCAGACCACGAGGAACAGUGACUUCUCCGUGUAUCUUGGCGUGGCGUGGCGGUACAGGAACUGACUGACCCUUCUCGUUAUAUUGACUUAAAAAUAAAUUAAUAGAAAUUAAAGUAGUGGAAUAUGAGAGGCAAAGAGAAAGAAGAAAAACCGCAUCAGUCUUCUCACAUUAUUACGAAACCGCAAUGACGGAAGAGCUCAGCGUGUGGCGGCGCGGAGAGCAGCUCAAACCACUGGCCACUUAAAAGAUUCCAUUGUGGGUGCAAAUCAUCUCCGGCGAUAGAGGAGAAUCAGAUUGCCAGACUCACAGACGAGCUGCAUCCAUCGCAGUCUUCGCCCUGUCGGCUGGAACACUGAAAGGAAAGGUGAAGAAUGUUAAGAACUCUGCUAAACGUCACAAAAAGGAAAGCUGCUCCUCAUUACGAACAAUUUCAAGCAUCACCUGUGGGGUUACUGCGAAUGUAACUGAUGACAGACACGCGUGAAUACCAAGCAGUACGAAUACCAAGCAGUACAAGCGUAAAGGUAAACAACCUCCUCUGAGCAGUUACCUCAGCAAAACGCAAAGACUCCCUGACCUUUACCAUGGAGUGGCGUCUCACCACCGUGGGGGCAGGACGACCCUGGCCUCCCUCCCGCACCGACAGCCUCAGGACUCCUCGGGAUUACAAGUUGCCACACACGGAUUCCGGCCAGAAUUCCCUCGAGUACUGGGACUACACCGUGGAGCUGGAGAUGCUGAAGGGACCCGAAGACCUGCAGCUGGCGGCGGAGUUAGGCAAGACGCUGCUGGAGAGGAACCGCGAGCUGGAAGUGAGUCUCAAGCAGCAACAGGCCGUAGUGGACGACCAGCUGCAGGAGAUCGAGUACCUAAGCAAGCAAACAGCUGCUCUUCGAGAGGUGAAUGACUCGCGUCUCCGCAUCUACGAGCAGCUGGAAGUGUCUAUCCAAGACUUGGAGAAAAACAAUCAGCGGCUGGCAGCUGAAGGCGCAUCGGACAAAAGAAAGAUUAAGAGUCUCUCAAGUACUGUAGAGUCACUGGAGUUGCGGUGUGAUGAACUCCAGAAGAACCUGGAAGAAGCGAGGACUAAAGUGCAGCAGCAGAACCAGCAGCAGCGAGGCCGCAACAAGCGAAGGUCCCUCCUCCUGGAAGAGCAGAGCAUCCGGCGCUCACAGUCUUGUGAGAAUAGCCCACAGGAGGAGAAGGAGGAGGAGGUGGAUGAGAAGGAGGUAGAAGAGGAGAGUGAGGGUCAGGUUCAGGUCUCAGAUGAAUGUGCACUGGAAGACCCUGAAGUUCGAAAACGUCUGGAGGAGCUGCAAGAGAAGCUCAAAGCCACACAGCUGCUGUUAGCAACAGAAACUCGAAGGAAGGAGGAACUGGAGAUACAACUCGCUUGUACAUCUCAGGAGAAUUCAGUCCUUCUUGACCAGCUGGCAGUGCUGCGAGAGAAGGAACUCAACGUGAGAACAUUUGACGAUGAACUUGCCUCGUUAGAUGAUACUUCUUCUGGACGUAUAUGUCGCAAGUGUCUUGGUAAUGUGGAUGAACUGGGGAGUAACCCAACGCUGUACGACCUCAAUGACAGUAUUGAAGACACAGAUGCCUCCAUUGAGAGCAUUCAUGGGGAAUGUGCUCUCAUCCGGCUCAAGAAUGGUGGAUAUGCAUGGGGCAGCCAGGAAUCUUUGGCGUCAAUUGGACAAGUGGUCAAUCGUGUGGGUUCCGGAGGUACUUCUCCUGGUACAGAAGCCAGCGAUGCACCACAUAAUUCUCUUCUGUCUGAGCUUGACACUUCUUAUCGUAUCCUAAUUGAGAAAUAUGAAGCCCUUCUGGAGGCUCGAGAACAGCAGCAGCAGCAGCAGCAGCAGCAGCUACAGCAACAGCAGCCUGAAAUGGGUCAUGAAGGCCUGGUGCACCCUGGAGUAGAUGACAUGUCAGGACCCAUGAGUCUGAUGAUGACAGACUCAUCAGUGCACAACACAACACUCACUACAAAGUGUCAGCGAUGCAACACAUGUGCUUGUGAUCUCAAGCCAGCUGUUGUUAGUCACUCUAAAGGCAGCAACUUAGAAGAGUUUUCAGAGGUGGAGACUUCCUCUUCUGGUUUCUCAGAUGGAGAAAGUCGUCUCAUCAAUAAGGGUACUCAAACUGGAGAGGAGCUGUUACAGACACAAGCUGACAUUCUAGAUGACUUGACUCCAACUGUCCAUGCAAAAUGCUUAGACCUCAGCUCUCCAAUUAAUCCAUGUGACAGGAGAUUCCAAACCACUCCAGAAUAUAAGAAGCUCUUCCAGGAAAUCUUCACAGUCUUAAAGAAAACAGUAGAUGAACAAGACACACAGACGCAAUCUUCCAAGCCAUCGAAGACGCCUCAGAAACAAGAUAUUACCAAAGAAAAUUCAGUGACUGAGCCCAUCUCAUCAAAAGAUGACCAUAAUGGGACAAAAUUUACUGGGCAAACUAUGAUUUCACCAUUGGUGGAAGGAAAUGAAACUGUGAAAUCUCCACUAUCUGAAGUGAAAGAUGCCACCUCCACACAGAAUAUCCCACCUACCCAAAGUAAACCAUGUGAAGAAAAAGAAAUUGUCACAGUAUCAAAGUCUUCUGAUGCAGGCAUCACUGAAUGUUUGAAUUCAGAUGACAAAAGAGAGGGUCAAACGUCAAGUACACCAGAGAGUUGGCAUCAUAAUAUGGACCACAGACCUCUUCGCCCGGAUUCUCUGGACCUCAGCUCUGGAGGUGGUUCAAGACCGUCAAGUAGACAAAGGCGCAGACGAAAACGUCAUCAAAUUAUGAUUCAGACUGUCCAGGUGCAACACCAACACCAGCAACAACAACAACACACAGAUAACAACUGGAAUUCACACCAACCCCAAUACCAAGCACAUUACAAUAGACAAAGCUAUCAGAGGCAUCAAAGGCGAGAUAGAGAUGGCCUCCACCAUCCCAACCACCACAACUACAGGCAGCCUGAUGACUUCCCAGACCUACACAACCAACCAGAUGGAGGAUCAGGGGAGAAUGGCAAGACCAGAGUGGUUUAUAACUCAUCUCGUGGUGGGGGACGUUGCGACCACCACAGGUCACGAAAGCACCGCAGGUCACAGCAAGAGAAUACAGAACAGAAGCAUUCAGGUUCAGAUACAGACUCCAAGGGAAAGCCAACUACUCAGAAAAUAAACUAUCCAUCUGUUGAAGUAGCCAAGUUAAGAAGACUGGAAAUGACAUAUGCAGAAGUUCUCAAGAAUUCCAUGAAUAGGUCAUUCUACAACAGAAGGUAUUAAGAUAACUCCUUUUGACUAUCUUAAACAUUUCCAGUCAUUAUCAUUUAAAAGUUUACUUAAAUGGGAUUUUUGUCUGAAAGUCAUCCAAAGCAGAGAUUUCAAAUGAUAAAUAACAUACCAGCAGAUUGAUAAGAAUUUGUUAUGUACAUAAGAAGCCAUGUAUAUACAGAUACAAGUCACUGGAUUUUUGGCAUGUAUUUAUUUUCUGCCUUUAGUGUGCCAAGUAGAAUUUAGUUAAUGCUUUUAGUUCCUGUAUUGACUUGCACUUUAGUUGAUGUCUGGACUAAAGCAGGACAAUAAUAGUUUUUUUUUUUUUUUUUUUUUUUUUUUUUUUUUCCUCCUUUCUGUAAAGGCUUUUCAGCUGUCACAUUAUUGCUUCUGUGUAUAUACAAUUCUUUUAUUCUCUCUCCCAACACUCAUGGAAAAGAAAGUCCAUUCUAUGAGUGAAUGCAUUGUUUUGCUUGCUUGAGCAUUCUUUGUCAUCUUAUUCUUUCUUAUGUAAACAGGUGCCAACAGUGACUUGAUUGACCUCCACAGGAGAGGGUAGUGUGCCCUAGUCUGUGAAAGCGUCCACUUGUGACCCGUGUGUUUAUUGUACAGGCAGAUCUUGGUGUCAGGAUGGGGAAUGAGGCACUAAUUUGUCAGUUCAGCUUAUGUUUGUUAUGUGCCCAGAGUUUUUUUUUAUCACUCUCUUACCUAUCCAGUUAUAAUUUUCCAUGUACAAUAACCAGCUAGGUUUUUUGUAGUGACCAGCACCUGCUAACAGGUUGUAAGCAAAGGUAGUAAUGAAAUUGUGAUAUUUUUUGUAUCUACAGUUUGUUACUUUAAUCAGGUAUUUAUGUGUGUGACUCAGUAUUUUGUGAUAAAAUUCUUGUUCAGUCAUGCACAUAGUUUUAACUUAAAACCGAUAUAUUAUUUUCUUUUGCAGAGAAACUACAGUAGUUGCAUUUUGUGUGCCAAAGAACAGGCAGGUUUUCUGAUAACUCUUCUCAGGCUCUGAUUUCAUAGUAAUUCUUAAUUGAAUAAAAAUAAUUCUAGGGUUAAUAACAGCAAAUAAACACAGAUUGUUAUGUACAAUAAUACUUUCAAACUGUCCAGUUUUUCAAUCUAGUCUGGUCAACCUACAUAUCUACAGUAUUGUUUAGAAUUUAUUAUAUAGCAACUGCUAGUAAGUCUGUGUGUUAUAUCAUGGUAAUGUUUUCACUGACAAGAAGUGCAAUAUUAUUUUAAUAUGGUAACAUUUCAAGCAGGCAACAAUGAACUCAUAAAUAUGCUUUGAUUUGCUACAUAACAUUUGCAAAAUGCAGUAUUUACCUGCCAAAUUGCAUAGUGAAAGACAGUAUGGAUAAAAGAAACUUCCAUUGACAGUUAGCAAAAUAUUAAUAGCACACAUUCUGUUCCCAGUUCAUAAUUGUUCCAUGAUCUCAGUAAAUUUGUGAAUAUUCUGGAGAUUGGCAGGCAGUUUUCUGCAGUUUCCUUACCAUUGAAAUAUAUUCUCAGAGUCAAGAUUCCUCAGAAGAUUGAAAGCUACCUGAACAAAACUAUAUGUGGGUAAAAAAUAUUAUAUAUCUAAAAAUGUUAUCAUUUGAUUGCAAUGAUUAUAAACUUUAUAGAUGCUGAAACAAAAAUAAUUCCCAGAACAGUUACUUUCUGUCAGUAUGGCUGUAUAGGUAAGCUGAGCUGAGGUUCCAUGCAAAUAGUAAACCUGCAGUGCAUUUAUCUUUCCACUAUAGUUAUGCAUUAGCUUGCCAUUCAUUACAGAUGCAGGUUGCUUAUACAUACUGUUAACCUGAGUGAAGGGAAAUAUAUGUAUAUGACAGA